ACCAUUACUUUUGAGAAUGAGUGUUUCUGCCACUUUUCGCGGGAAUUUAGCAUCGUUAUCGCAGUGCGGCUCGUGCUGCGACCUUCGUCUCCGACCCUGGUUCGAUUCUUCUGUAAUCUCCCGGCAUGAACGUUUCGGUCGGAGCGGCUUGAAGCUGAACGUCUCGAGUUCGAAGUUAAGAUCAUGCAGCGCGAGGAGGUUUCUAUGUAGAGUGACGGAAACGGAAACUGAACCGGAGAGCAAUGACGAUAGGGAGAAAGAAGUACACGAGGACAGAGAAAAAGCAUCUUCUGCAAAUUCCUUUAAGGAAGGGCAGCUUGGUCCUCAGUCUUCAGGCACAGAUGAAAGCAUCAAUAGUGGAUCAGAAAAUAAGUCACAAGAUGGAAUCCAGCAGGGUGUUGAUGAUAUACAAAUUGCUAGUGGCUCGCCUCUGCCAGGUGUGAAGCCACAACAACUAGAUGAGUCUAUGAGGAUCUCGAAGGAGACAAUUGAAGUUCUUAAGGAUCAAGUAUUUGGCUUUGACACAUUUUUUGUGACCAGUCAGGAGCCAUAUGAGUGUUUCAGGCUUCUCUUUUGCCUUUGCCAGGGUGGAGUGUUGUUUAAGGGUAACCUCAGGGGGCAGCCUGCCAACAGUUAUGAAAAGAUAUCAACGAGGAUGCAGAAUAAAUUCGGGGAUCAAUAUAAGCUUUUCCUUUUGGUCAAUCAAGAAGAUAAUAAACCUGUGGCAGUUGUUGUUCCAAGGAUGACUCUGCAACCAGAGACAACUGCUGUCCCUGAGUGGUUUGCUGCAGGGGCUUUUGGAUUGGUCACAGUGUUCACUUUACUUCUGCGGAAUGUGCCUGUGCUACAGUCCAACUUAUUGUCGACAUUUGACAACCUCGACUUGUUGAGGGAUGGUCUACCUGGAGCCCUUGUAACUUCACUAAUUCUGGGGGUCCACGAGCUCAGCCAUAUUCUAGUGGCAAAGAACAGUGGAGUUAAGCUUGGAGUGCCAUACUUUGUUCCCAGUUGGCAGAUAGGCUCUUUUGGUGCUAUAACGAGAAUUGUCAAUAUUGUGCCCAAGCGUGAAGAUCUUCUGAAGGUUGCAGUGGCAGGACCUUUGGCUGGAUUUUCCGUGGGUCUCGUGCUUUUGCUUUUAGGAUUCUUUUUACCUCCCACAGAUGGGCUUGGCGUUGUGGUUGAUGCUUCUGUGUUCCAUGAGUCAUUUCUUGCCGGAGGAAUAGCAAAGCUUCUUCUUGGGAAUGUUUUGAAAGAAGGCACUCCCAUAUCUGUCAAUCCUCUUGUUAUAUGGGCAUGGGCUGGACUUCUUAUAAAUGCGAUCAACAGUAUCCCUGCGGGGGAGCUUGAUGGAGGGCGAAUAUCAUUUGCCAUCUGGGGAAGAAAGGCUUCUGCUCGAUUUACAGCUGCCUCAAUUGUGCUUCUUGGACUGUCCUCUCUGUUCAACGAUGUUGCGUUUUACUGGUUAGCUUUGAUAUUCUUCCUGCAACGGGGCCCGAUUGCACCUCUCUCAGAGGAAAUCACUGAUCCCGACCAGAAGGACGUUGCCCUUGGAGUUUUAGUGUUGUUCUUAGGUUUGCUGGUGUGUUUGCCCUACCCAUUUCCUUUUACAGAUCAAGUCAUUAGCAGUUUCUAGUUAUAAACGCUUUGUAUACGUUGGUCUUAUGUAGAAUGUGAGAGUAUAAUCAGUAGGCGCCAGGAGGUAGCAAAAUAAGGGAGAUGCGCCGUCAUUUAGUCUAUUCUUCAUGUUAUCACUUUUGAAAAGGAAAUGGAUAUCUGUAGUCAAAGUCAAUAAUGAGCAAUCGCGGAUGCCACAUUUUUGAUAAGGUAACUUCAUUGUUUGAU